ACGUUGGUCCAGUAUUAACAACAGAUGACCCUGAAGUGGCAAAACAAACUGUAAAUUCCCUUAGAGCACACGAUGGUGGUGAUUGCCCAGAAAUGGGCAUGAGUGGUCUUUAUUUAGCUCUUCUUAACAGUCUACCUAACUCUGAUGUAUAUUACUUUUCUGAUGCAGCCGCCAAAGAUGCCCAUUUAGUGUUCUCUGUGAUAUCAAUCGCAUUGCAAAAAAAUGUAGAAUUAAUUUUUUUAUCAGUGGUAGCUGCCGUAGUCGUAGGCGAAGAAGCUUAACAGAGCAGGAGGUGUAUGAAAAACUAGCCAGUGCAACCGGAGGACAGCUCAUAGAGUAUUCAAAGUCUAACAUUGACGAAGCUAUCAAGCUUAUUCGCCCCGCAAAUAUUUCUGAAGGAAAUUCGUCGUUUUCAGAGGAAGUCUCGUUGAUGUCUGUUGAAUUUAAUACCUAUCACCUAGUAACGAAAUUCUACAAUGUUCGAAGUGAUUCUACCAUUUCUACAAUUACAGCUGUAUUAAGUGCUAGAGGAAAUACCAAUAUUAAAGUAGUUCCACCUCAAGGUACAGUGAUAUCUAAACACGAAGAAACCAACACCAACUAGCAUACUAACGCAUGCACAUGCAGACUAUAAUGCUUGUAAUAUUGUGGCAUUGCUCGUCAACCCUCAGCAUCAGGACCGUAGACAGGGGGGGGGGGCGUCAGCCACUCCCCAAUAAUUUGUGAACUAGCGAUAAUCUGUAAAGUUUGAGAGAGGGAAAUAAUGACCUAAUAAUCACCUCUGACUUAUCAGCCCCCCCCCCCCCAAAUACAAAAUUGCUUCCUAUAUACGAUAGUGAGCAUAUACCAGAAUUUACCAGAUUGGCAGAUUAAACAUCACUCGAACGGCGGGGGUCAAUCAUCCCAAGAAAGAUUUAGAAGUGCACAUUUCGACAAGGACAGAAUGUGGCGCAUAUUAGAUACUUGAAUAGCUAGGAGAGUCCUGGGACAUGCUUUCCCGGAAAAUUUUGAAUUUUAGAAGUCCAGAAUGACCAUUUCCCAUGCCUAAUUUUAGUGUGCAGUGAUACUGAAAAGUAAAAUGUGCAGGUGAUAAAAUGUAAAAUGUUUCUUUAGAAAUUGAUUGUGUUGAUAGUUUAUAAACAUGGCAAUAUUUCAGCAUAGCGGGACUGAAUCGUCGGGCUGGCUACGCCCACUCGUCAUGCAAAAAUAACAGAUACCAAACUUUAUCUGUUAUGUUUUAGACGGCAACGGAACAAUAAAUACGAUCUCACAGACAGCGACUUUUUAUUCUGUUCGUGUUAUAAUGCCUACGGCUGGUGUAUGGAGCUUUACCGUAAGUGCAGCUGGACCACUUACAUUUCAAGUUACAGCACAAAGUACUUUGGCCUUUACAACAUCUCUUGAAAAGGAGGAAUAUUCUAGCACCUUUGAGAAGAUCCUUGUUCCAAUAGCAGGCAACCCAAUUAAAGGUAGGAGCUUUUAAAACUUUAAUUGCGUUGUAUAGUAAGUAAUUGAUAAAUCCAAACAACUCAUGAAGAUAACUGAAUAAUAACACAUAAAAAAUUAACACAAACAAUGUGUCAAUUGUAGCCAUGUGUGUUUUUAAUGUUUUGAAAGAUAGAUGCCCCAGCUAAAAAUAUUUUUGAGCGUCACAAUUGAGGUCAGUCCCAAAAGAGAAGGGUCUGUGUCACAUAUACACUUGAAAGGGUCUUGAAAUGUUUUUCUUUGUUUCCUUGUUCCCAAAAGAUUUCACCACGUUCCUUUGUUCUCUUGAUUUUUCGGCUUAAUUUAAUCCUAUUAUUAUUUAUUAAUAUUUUGCAAUUCUUCCCUUGUCCCCUACAGAACCCCUAUAGGAGACCCUUAUACAAUUUGACACGUUUUGGUCUAUUUAAACAUCUAAACUAUAUGUGCAAGAAUUAAGUAAUUACUAUAACGUCUUCCUUAAUUUAAGAUUUAUGUAAAAUUCAAAUAUUUAUUCGAAAUGUCCAAGAGAAGUCGCGAUAUAAACCGAGGCCCCGUUUACAUGCACUAUACGGAUUACUUUGCAUACGGUAUUAUUUUUCACUCCAAGUAGAAAAUAAGGGUGUUUACAUAAUGACGCUUCGCUCUGUUGCCAGCUCAUGUCUUUCACUGUCGCCAUGGAAACAAGUAACAUUUUUUGCCAAUAUGCUAAACUGAUUUAUUAAAACAAGAAGUAACACACUUCUUCUUUGUAAAGUAUAACUUUGUUUAAAAUGCUUGACCACCAGACGUUGCUUCUUUUCUCUCUAAUCCAAAAUUGACGAGCAUUUCAUUAAAUUUCGCUCUUUCGAAAGUAAGUCGUUUUCUUUAUUUGUCUUUGGCAGAAAUAGUAAAUGGUUGUAAGGCGAAACAAACAACAGCUAUAAUGUAUUGUUAAAGCGAGCAAAUAAAAGCGACAAUGUUAAAACAUACACGCCAAAUCCCAUUUUGUACCGAAGCGUAACGGAUGGCCUGCUUAUACACAGCUCCGGCACAUACCGGAUUACUUUUCAUAUCACCUUCAAAGCGGAUUUUUACUCCGCGUCGCGUACCGGAUUACUGUGGCGUAGUGUAAACAGCAGCCGAAUCCGGUAUGAAAACGCAACGCUCUGAUGCAAUCUGGUAUAGUGUAAAAGGGGCCACACAAUCGCACGUUCUUGUUGGUUAACAAACAAUUGUUCAAGUUCAAAAUAUUAAAGUUCAGCCAGAGAGUUUUAGGUGAGUGUUUUUUGUUUGUAGUUUGAUUUUCUGCUUUUGUUUUAAGUAAGUGGAUUGUAGACUCGUUUGUAUUUACAAAGCGAGCCACCGACCAUUUUGUUUUGUUUUUCAAAUCAUUAAUUGCACUCGCCAUAGUUAAUAGAGGAGAUGGUUUGGAAACUCAUUAGCACUACAAUAAACCUCACUAUCUAUAUGUUUUUGUUCAGGUUUAUGCAAAAAUGUCGUCUUUCAUCGUCACGUGCGUAUUGUAUUUUUGCUCAACCAGCCAAUAGCAACGGUUUUGUCCAAUUGCCCAUCCAUGACUUUAACAAUAGGACAUUUUGAACAUUCCUAUUGGUUGACUUGAGAAAAAUACAAUACGCACGUGACGAUGAAAGACCACAUUUUUCCAUACUGCCUGAACAACAUAGAUAAGGAGGUUUAUUGUGAUUUUAUUGUAAUGCUAACGAGUUUCCAAACCAUCUCCUCUAUUAGACACCUUAAGAUUGACGUUUAUUUUAUUUUCGCCUAACCGCAAACCGCGGUUUGCCGUUUGCGGUUUCACGCCGUUUGCCGUACUUGCAAAUAUGAAAUUAAGAUUGACGUUUUUCUUCGCGUUUAAUUUUUUCCGUCGAAACUAUAGGAUCCAUUUGAAUUGUGCCAUCCUGUCAAAAAAAAAAUAAAUUUCACCACCAAUUUGUUAAAAUGAAUUGAAAUAUGAAAGUAUAAAUGUAAGUAAGAAAUAUGCAAGUAUGUUUAAACACGGACUGUGAAAAGGUCAUCAAUGACUUUGAACUUGCUUUAUCGUGAAUGUUCAAAUGUAAACGUUUAUUAAUCAAAACGUUUCAAAACACGACUUAAAAUAAACAAAUCUCAAUUUAAGAAAUCUAUCAUACCAAAAUCGGCCACAAAAUAUUGAACUGACAAUCGAAAUUUUCAUGUUUGUUUAGUUAAUUAACCCAAAUAAAUUAGAGAGUCAAUACGCCUUUUCGGGGUUCGCGAUGCCAUCUUGAAAGUAUUGUUUUCGCUAUUGUGCUUGCCCCACUUGCAAAUUUACCUAUAGGGAAUUACUAGGAAUUCCAUUGUUUUCACUAUUGUGUUUGCCCACUUGGCAAGAUGGCGUCGCGAACCCGGAAAAGGCGUAUUGAGCGCCAUGUUGUCUAUAUAUCGAAUUAAAAGCACUCAGAAUAUGAAAAAUUUCCUGUUAAAAACAACUUUUAUCCAUCCAAAUCAAAUAUAAGAUGUAUAUUUGUCUUAAUAUAUGUCAUAUACGUGCAAUGAAGUAAUAACAGUUGAAUAAAAUGCCGAGGUAAAUCACUUACCUGUAGAAUGCACUCUUGAGGUUUAAAACGCGAGCGAUUUACGGCAAACGUGACGGCAAGCUCCUGGUCACGUGGUUUCUAGCGGUUAGACGUUUGCGAAAAAUACGUCAAUCUUAAGGUGUCUAAUAACUAUGCACUCACCAGGAGUGCAAAAAUUGCACUCCUCUUAACCAAUCACAUUGCAGUAAUUUUGUAAUGUAUAAUUAAAUUAAAGUUGCUAGUAUACCAACAAUUGUUGACAAUCUUAAAGUGUUUGGGAGUACAUUUUUUCUUCCUUGUUCGACCGCCCCUCAUUAAAAUCUUUUUGACCAAUUAUGCAGGAACAUCGUUAUACGUGACGGUAGAACCAACAGAAGACGCAUUGCAAGCCAACAGAAACAUCACGGGGUACUUAAUAGAUACGACGGGAGAUCGUUUGGAAAGUUUCGAAUUACAACAAGGACAAGAGUUCUAUAGUAGCUCGUAUUUUGGUUUGGUUAAAUUGAACCACAAUGCAUUUAAAAUAAUGUAUUUUGGCUACAAUAAAAAUGGAGAAACCAUCCAGCGUCUGCUAUCUCGAGUGAUCAGACCCCAAGAAUUUGAGGUCGAAAUAUCUGUGCAGAACAGCAGUUUGAGUUUAACACCAAACGAAACAACGUCGAUUAUUGUACUUCUCAAAAACCACGGUUCGAGAAACACCUUCUCAAUUUUGGCGUCCGAUGAUAAAUCAUUCGUUGCUUCAUUUUCACCCAAGAUUGUCACUGUGGGAAGCAAUGAUUCAGUCGAUAUCCACAUUGAUUUUUUUGCUCCUGCUAACACAAAUGAUAGUACGACUACAUCAGUGUCAGUUUCGGCCUCAAUCCAGUCUGCAUUUACAGUUGAUCUUGCAAAUUUCCUCUCGUUUGAAGUUUCAGUUUUCUCAAAG